GACUCACUCACCUAAAUGGCUCAGUACUAAAAGGAUCGCCUAUUCCUCUAAUUGCCAAGUAUUCAUAACCUGAAUAUCACAAACCCGAAGUAAAGACCAAAAUGAGUCUCCAAUUCACCACUCUCGAUGUUUUCACCACCACCGCCUUUGAAGGCAACCCUUUGGCAGUGGUGACGAUACCCCCACCAAGCCAGCAGGCUCCCCUCACCCAAUCUCAAAAGCAACGUAUCGCUCGCGAGUUCAACCUCUCUGAGACUGUUUUUGUUCAUGAUGUUGAAAACCGUGCAGAAACAGACGAGAGGAAGAUUGAUAUCUUUACUCCACAGUUCGAAUUGCCAUUUGCGGGGCAUCCGACUAUCGGCACAGCUGUUUUUCUUCAACCCCAGGGCGUAAAGACAAUGAUUGCAAAGGCGGGCAGAAUUGAUCUUGAGUUCGAAAACGGCUCUCCGCGUGCUUUAAUCCCCCACGAUGUUAAGCUUCACAAGGAACGUGUGCCAAAGCAUGAAAUUGAAGCUGGUUGGGAUGGUAAACUCGCCAAAGUUGCUGCCGCUGACGAGGGCGCACCGCUGUUUAGCAUCGUCAACGGGAUGACUUUUGCGCUCGUAAAUCUCCCAUCUCUGGAGUUGCUCGGCGCUGCCAAGGUCGGUGCCAUGGGUUACAUCAACGGUGACUUGCAGGACGACGGUUGGAAACACGAUUUUGACUCAAGGCGCUACUACUAUACGCUGCUUGACGGUGAGACAUCACCUGACGGAAAGCAUGUGCAAAAUCUUCGCACGAGACUUGUCAAGCGUAAUAUGGAAGACCCAGCAACUGGAAGUGCUGCGUGCGCGUUGUCGUGUUAUUUGGCGUUGCACAAACUAUCUGCGAACUCGAUCAGGUUCAAUAUCACGCAGGGUGUUGAGAUGGGGCGGGAGAGUCUUAUCGUAGUAGAUGCUGAGAUCGAGACGGAUGGAGCUGGGGAGAGAAAGGUCAAGACUGUUCAUCUUAGUGGAAAGGCGGUUGAGGUCAUGAAGGGGACUGUUAGAGUACCUCAGUGAGGGCAUUGAUGCGGGCGCAGUAGCUAUGACAGCGACCAUCUUGUACGCACUUUAAUAGCUACUUACCGAAGUAUCUGUGUAUCAAUUUUGUUCCGUAUCUCAUAGUCAAGAUACCUGAUACUGAACCUUUGGCCUCAUUGACCGAUAUUGCUUGUGC